AUGGGGAAAAAGCAUCACUCAAAGGGAUCAUGGGAUACCAAGACCAUGUUCCAUUGUAGCAUAGUCAUGUUCUUCCUUGGUGGAGUAGCAACAUUAACCUUUUAUAGAAACAAUAACAAUCAGGAAGCAGCUACGAGUAGCAACAUUAAGAUUACUCUUACAACUACAGAUCCCAUUACAAAUCCAAAUAUAGAUACAGAUAUAAAUACAAAUACACAAGUUUUUGAUCAUCAGAGAAGGCUGAAGAUUGCAUCAUCGUCCUCAACGGACACAUGUGAUUUGUUCUCUGGCAAAUGGGUUCAUGAUAACAACAGUCAUUACCCUUUGUAUAAAGAAGAUGAGUGCCCUUAUCUGCAUGGUGAUUUAGCUUGCUUAACUUAUGGCCGAAAGGAUUCUAAGUUUCAGCAAUGGAGGUGGCAACCCCAUGGCUGCGACUUCCCUAGGUUUGAUGGCAAAGCAAUUGUAGAGAGACUAAGGGGUAAAAGACUAUUGUUUGUGGGGGAUUCAGUGAACAGGAACCAAUGGGAUUCAAUGAUGUGCAUGCUCCAUUCAUCAAUCCCAGGGAAAAAGAGGGUUAGCAUGGGAGGUCUUAAUGGCACCUUGUACACCUUCAGAGCGUCUGAUUAUAAUAUCUCAAUUGAUUACUACUGGGCUCCGAUGCUUGUAGAAUCGAACGGAGAUGAUCCAUCAAACCAUCGUCUUGAUCAUCGAACUAUUCGAAUCAAAUCCAUCAUGAAGCAUGCUAGGCAUUGGGUUGAUGCAGAUAUACUUGUAUUUAAUACCUAUCUUUGGUGGAGGUUACCAGUAAUCAAGCUUUUGAAGGGUGUUGGAUCAUUGUUGGGUGGACCUAAUCAAGUGUACGACGAAGUCGAUAAUCUUCGUGCCUACAAGAUGGUUCUCGAAACAUGGUCUAAAUGGGUACAUACCCAUGUCGAUUCUUCGAAGACUAAGAUGUUUUUCAUGGGCCUUACAGCAACUCAUUCAAGGGCUACAGAUUGGGGAGGCAAUAAGAACGAAGGCUGUUACGGAGAGACGGAGCCUGUGAUGGAUGAUCGAUUCUGGGAAAGUGGAACGGAUCCGAAAAUGUUAAGAAUAUUGGAGUCAUCAUUGAACCGAUUGAAAGCCAAAGGGGUUAACGUGAAGUUGAUAAACAUUACACAGCUAACACAAUGCAGAAAAGAUGCACACCCUACUGUUCAUCGGAAACUAUGGCGUCCAUUAACAGAUGAUCAGCAAAAGAACCCACAUCGUGCUUCAGAUUGCACGCAUUGGUGCCUUCCCGGAGUUCCUGAUAUUUGGAACGAACUUCUUUUGGCUUACAUUUUUCCGGCAACAGAAACCGCCGGCAAAUGA